GUUUGUGAACGGACUGAACGGAGCACUUUCUCUGCGGAUCGGAGGACUGUAUUUGGGAUUAAAAAAAAAAAAACACCACGGAGAGAGAGCGUAGUUGAGUUUAUAUGCAAUGUUGGCAUCCAGUUUUUGAAGUUUUCUGAGGAUGCAGACAACACGCAGCCCUUCAUCCAUUCCGACAGGCGGCUCAGGAGAUGCCUUGGACCUCAGCUUGUCAGGCUCCCAGCUUACUGUGUCCAGAAGACCCAGCAGUGCAUCGCCUGGGAAGUACUUCUCCAGGUCUGUGUCGGUUUCUGUGGCAAGUGAUAGCAGAGGAAAACGCAACACGCUGAGUGAAACCAGCUUCAGUGGGUCCCGCUCCAUCAAGAACCUCAGGCGCUCCAACAGCACUACUCAGGUCAACCAGCAGGCCAACAUCAGUUUAAGCCAAGACCAGAAUGAGGACUACCUGUCCCUCUUCAAUCGCAGCUCAGAUGGACGUAAAAAACUGGCCAGCCUCAGCAAGACCUCGCCAGACCGAACCACAUGGAACAUCCUGGACGAUCAGCCAAGAGUGUUCCCCGUGCAUUCGAGCCCACGCAGCACUACGGGCAGUGUGGACUCUCCCACCAGCAUGAAGAAAAGAGAGCCUGGCAUCGCUCUGGCUGCCACUUUCACUGCUAACAACAGGAGCAACAAGGGAGCUGUUGGGAACUCUGUCACCACCAUCUUACACAACAACUACUCCGAAAAACCCCUCACACCUAAGAGCUCCAACCAGAAGCCCUCUUUUAACAACAUUCUGAAGGCCACAGCAAACGACGAGGUGUCACAGGAGAACGGCUCGCUUACAAAGUCCCAGAAGAAUUUCUCUUCGACUUCCUCCCCCUCAAAUAACAGAUCCCCGGUGUCGGCCCAGCACGGCAGCCCCGUCUUGUUCCGGAGGAGGGAGGUCACAGAGGAGGAGGCUGAGAGGUUUAUUCAGCAGGUGAACCAGGCAGCAGUCACCAUCCAGCGCUGGUACAGACGCCAUGCAAAGAGACAUCACACCGACCAGGCCGUGCUCAAACGCAUCCUUGCCAGUAAAAGAAAGGAGUGGGAGGAGAGAGCAGAAGAGGAUGGUGGCCCGGAGCAGCGGCAAAAGAAGGAUGAAGACAGAAAAAGGAUCCGCGAAGAGAAAGCUCGCCUGGCCCGCCUCGCAGCCAUCAAGGAGCUGCAGCACAAAAGAUCCCAGCGGGUCGCAGAUGUCCAGCAAGCAGCCGAGGCAGAACCGGGUAGCCUGAGACAGACCGGUGUGGUCGGACGCAAGAAGCCGCCCAGGAUAUGUCUUACCAACAGAAGUCCAGCCUCACCGAGCAACAACAGUCCGCUGUCACCAACAGACGUCAAAGCGAAGAACACAGACUCCAAUUUAAAUGUUGUGGCAGACUUUGGCGAGCUGAGCUUCAGAGCUAUUUCUCCAGCUCUGUCUGGUCACAGAGAGUCUCAGUGCUCCCAGGAUCAAGAGAUCAGAGUGGAGGUGGACAUCUGUCUGGAGCAGCAGCAGCAGGAAAACGACAGGAAACUCCAACGUAAAGAGAAAGCUCGUCUUGCACGCUUAGCUGCCUCCCAGGUGGACACACCUGGUGUAAGUGAGCUGCAGCAGAAGAGAGCGCAGCGGGUCACAGAUGUUGAGCUGGAUAACGUGAGACAGACUGGUGUGGUCGGACGCAAGAAACCGCCGAGAAUAUCUUUGACCAGCAAAAGUCCUGCCUCCCUGAGCAACAACAGUCUGAUGUCACCUACAGAUGUCAAAGCUAAGAACACAGACUCCAACCUGAAUGUUGUCGCUGACUUAGGGGAGCUCUCCAGCUUCAGGGCUGUCUCCCCAGCUUUGUCCAACUGCAGAGGUUCCCAAUGUUCCCAGGAGAUCCUGCAGAGGUCGGUAAGCGUGGAGGACCAGCGACAGGGAGCUUUGUCCAGCAGGGCUCCGUCCAAAACCACUCUCACUGAGCUGCUGGACACCCUGAAGCUGUUAGAGGACGAGCCAGAGAGGCUGUCGGAGCCAAAGUGCUACCACAAAGAGAAAUAUGCCUGGAUAGAUGAAGAUGAAGACUCCAACUCUCUGACCACUGACAACCUGGAGCGGCACGGCCAGCUGAGCCAUCACCCUGCGCUGCCAGACGGGGGCGCCCUCCUCUCUGAGGCCAAGCUGCAGAGCAUCAUGAGCUUCCUGGAUGAGAUGGAGAAGUCUGAACAGGAAAGACCCCGCUCUGUUACCUCAGGUUCUCACAGAGAGGCUGUGCUGUCAGAGGAGGAGCUGAUUGGUGUGGAGCAGGCGUCUGCCACAGCCGCUGAAAUCACCGGAUCCAUGAUGAGAAUCAAAUUGGAGCUAGAGGAAAAGAAACGUACCGUCAACAUGCUGCAGACGGCACUGGCCCAGCAGAGGGAGCUGACAGUGAGACAUGUGAAGGAGACAGAGAAGGAGCUGUCCAGAAACUUCCAGCUCCAGAAGGAACAAUAUGAAGCCACCAUCCAGAGACACCUCACGUUCAUUGAUCAGCUGAUCAAUGAUAAGAAGGCUUUGAGCGAGCGCUGUGAAGGGGUGGUGGGAGAGCUGAAGCAGGUGGACCAAAAGUACACCAAGAAGAUUGCACAAAUGCAAGAGCAACAUGAAAUGGUGUGGCAAAUUCUGGGUCCCUUGUGUGAGGAAAUCAAGAAGUUGAAAGAGUUAAUGAGUGCUACAGAGAAGAUCCGGAGGGAGAAAUGGAUCGAUGAGAAAACCAAGAAGAUCAAAGAGAUCACUGUUAAAGGUCUGGAGCCAGAGAUCCAGAAGCUGAUCUCCAAGCACAAACAGGAGCUGAAAAAGCUGCGGACACUGCACGAGGCGGAGCUGCUGCAGGCCGAUGACCGGGCGGCUCAACGCUACGUCCGCCAGUGUGAGGAGCUCCGCCAGCAGCUGGAGAGGGAGAAGGAAGAGCAGUGUCAGAGAGAGAGAGAGCUAGCCAAACAGAGAUAUGAGAAACAGCUACAGGAAGAGGAGUUGUCCCUGCAGCAGCAGAGGAGGCGUCUCUACAAGGAGGUGGCUGAUGAGAAAGAGAGGCUGGCUCAGCUGGCUGCAAGGCAGCGCACUGAGCUGGAGGAUCUGAGAAAGCAGCUGGAGGAGAACAGCUCUCUGGCUGGACGAGCCCUCAGAGAGGAGCUGGACAAGACGAGAGAGGAGCAGGAGAGGAGGCACCAGGUGGAGAUGAGGGCCGCACAGGAACGCUCGGACAUCGAGAAGCAGACGUGGGAAGAAAAUCACAAGAAGAAAGAGGAAGUCUGGCUGCUGAGCCGCGAGCGCGAGCUCAAAGAAGAGCUACGACGAGAACGCGACAAAGAGAUCGAGCUCGCCAUCUGGACGCUGGAGGAGGAGACCAGCAAGGACAAGGAGGAGUGUGAGAGGGCGGCUGACAACAGGGUGAAGCGUGUGAGAGAAAAAUACGAGGCAGAGCUGAGGGAGCUGGAGCGCUCAGAGAGGACGGCUGUGGAGAAACAGCAGGAGCUGAAGAGGCAGCAGAUAGACGCGGAGGGCGAGCUGAUCCGACUGCAGGCCGCUCUCCGACAGAAAGAGCAGGCGAUGGAAGACAUCACACUGACCAGAGAUAAGCUGGUGGACGAGCGUCACAGUCUGGCUGAGGUGAUACGGCAGGAGUUUGCCGACCGGCUGGUGAUGACUGAGGAGGAGAACCGCAGGAUGAAGGUGGAGGUGUCGGAGGUGCGAGCGAGGUUGCGGCUGGAGGUUGAGAGAGUCACCAGGGAGAAGGAGGAGGAGCUGGCUGAGGUCCACCAACGCGUGAAGUCGGCUAUUCUGAAGAAGGAAGAAACUGUUAAUCAUCUCCGGAAGCAGCACGAGGCUGCGCUGAAGAGGGCGGACCACCUGGAGGCCCUGUGGGAGCAGCAGAGGAAACAGCUGUUAGAAAAGUGACUGACAGGAAGGCCUGUUUUCAUCUGUCUCAACCACCACCCUCCCAUCUCCCUCCAACAGAACCUCUUUCCACGGUGUCGCUGAA